GUCUGUGGCGGCUGUGAGUCAGAAUAGAUCUCGACUCCCAGCGAUCUGCAAUUUUCCACUAUAAUAGUAUUGAAAAUCAGAUUUAGCACACAUCAAGACGACCCGCUAAUGGCACACGUUCUCUUGUUACCCCUCAAAGCAUAAACGUGCCCUACUUCCUCAAUCUCUGCUCUUUCCUUUUGUUUCUGCGGAUGGCAUCAUGGAUCUGUGUGGUUUGAGUGUAUUAUCGAUGGACGGCAGCGCUCUGGAUCUGAAGUCUGUGAGGUCAUUGUGUCAUGUCGAGAAGAAUGUGAAGUCAUUUCAAUGCGCCUGAUUACAGCCACCACUGGAGAGCCUUGACUCAACAUGCAGGGGUGGCCCGGACAGCCCAGCAGCAGCAGCUAGGAUGCCUAUCACCCAAGAAAAUGCCCUGAGCCAUUUACCUCUGCUGGAUAACUGGCUCUGGGCACGAGAAAAGGACAGAGAUGAGGGCAAUGAGCCUCGGACUAGCACAGGCAGUGUUUGCCAGGCUGCUGUCCGCAAGCUUGUGGAAUACAUCCAGCUAAACUUUGCUGAAGUUGAGAGUCCUUUGUACUGUAGCAGCCAAUUCAGAGAGGAAAUCGAUUCUGAGGUGAAGGCAGUCUAUUUGAGCAAGUCUGAGGAAGAUGGCCCAGAGUUCGGGCUCAGCUUUGGAAACAUUCCGAUUUUUGGAGACCCUGAGGGGAAGAGUAAAGGGGUCAGAAGGAGGCGCAGAAAGGGUGAUAAAGGCCCUGUCUUGGACGUCGGGUGCAUUUGGGUGACUGAAGUGAAAAAGAACAGCCCAGCAGCGCGUUGUGGAGAUAUUAAACUGCGAGAUGAGCUUCUGUCACUGAACGGACAGCUGAUGGUUGGGGUCGAUGUCACCGGAGCCAGUUACUUGGCAGAGCAGUGCUGGAAUGGAGGCUGCAUCUACCUGAUCAUGUUGCGAAGAAUUAAACGCAAGGCUCCUCUCCCUCCAUGCAAUGGCAGUGGGGGCAAUUCUGUGGACGUCUCUAAUGAGCACCGGCGCAGUGUCUCCUCCGAGCCUGCAGGCAGCCCUACACCGAAUGGACAGAACGGCAAACGAAUCCGCAAAUUUGGUGUCAUUUCCCGCUCCUCCUUCACUCGAGACCGCAAAGACAGUAAAGAUAGCCGGGGCUUUAAGCAUGAGAAUGGUUACAACUUCAUGGAGGCAGAGGUCACGUCUCCAGAGAGCAGCACCCCGACCAAUUAUAGUCCAGUCUUUGGCUCCUCAGAGCUGAUAUCCAAUCACAUGAAAGUGGGGAGCACAGCCACCCUGCCUAGCCGAUUCCACUCACGCCGGUCUGAGUCAAUAAACAGUGAGCCUUCCAGUCAGGUCAGAAAUAUAACGUCCUGUGACAGCAGCCGGAUCUGGAAGAUGCACGUGGUAAAGGGUCGGGAUGGACUGGGUGUCCAGAUCACAGGCGGGCGAGGGUCCAAGCGCUCUCCUCACGGGAUCAUCGUGGCCCACGUGGAGGAGGGAGGAGUCACACAGAGAGAUGGCCGUCUGAAGGCAGGUGAUGAGUUACUGAUGAUAAAUGGUCACUCCCUGGUUGGACUCUCACACCAGGAGGCUGUAGCCAUCCUGCGUUCCACUGCCGGACUUGUGCAGCUGGUAGUGGUCAGCAGGGAUGAAUCCGAAGUGGACUUCCACAAGUACCCGUCCACCAGCUUGCCUGACCUAGUGAGCACGUGCUCUGGUCCGGACGCCUGUCCCUCUCCUGGAGAGGAGUUGGAGAAGAUGGACCCGGACACGGAGGACGUGAGGGCCAGCAGCCUUUCACUGCUCACCCAGGACUUGUUUACAGAUCUUGACAGACUGGAGGAACUUGGCAGGAUUGAGGGUCACAAGGGAUGUUGCCGUAGCCCCACAACAAUGAAGUUCCGCAGCAGAUCCCAAGGUGGAGGAAGCCACUUGGAGUCUGUUGGGGAAGACGAUGAGCUUAUCGUAGAAAAUGGGGAUACGGGAAGUGACGCUGUAGAAAAACAAGCAGGAGGAGGACGCAAACACUCCCUCCCACAGCAGCUGGAUACAGUGGGGGUCCGACAGGAAUAUCAAAUUGUGAAGAAAUGGGCUCGUUCCCUGAGCACUGUUCAGGUGGAAUCUCCAUGGCGGCUGGCACAGCCAUCCAUAAUCUCCAACAUUGUCCUGAUGAAAGGACAGGGCAAGGGUCUCGGCUUCAGCAUUGUUGGUGGGCAGGAUUCAGCCCGGGGGAGGAUGGGUAUAUUCGUCAAAACUAUUUUCUCCAAUGGAGCCGCUGCAGCAGACGGGAGGCUGAAAGAAGGUGAUGAGAUAUUGGAGGUGAAUGGAGAGUCUCUCCAAGGCCUCACACACCAGAAGGCCAUUCAGACUUUCAAGCAACUGAAGAAGGGAGUAGUUACCCUCACAGUACGGACCCGUCUGAGAAGCCCAAGUCUUACACCCUGUCCCACGCCAACCCUGCUCAGCAGAUCCAGCUCUCCAAACUCAAAUGCCAGUGGUGGGACUCCAGUCCCUGCUAGCUUUGAAGAUGGGGACUCUCGUAAGGGUCCUGGUCCCAAAGAUCGAAUUAUCAUGGAGGUUACACUGAACAAAGAGCCAGGUGUGGGGCUGGGUGUCGGUGCCUGUUGUCUAACACUGGAAAACAGUACACCUGGGAUCUACAUCCACAGCUUGGCACCAGGAUCUGUUGCAAAAAUGGAUAGCAGGCUCAGUCGAGGAGACCAGCUCCUGGAGGUGGACUCUGUGAGCCUGAGACACGCAGCGUUGAGUGAAGCAUAUGCUAUCCUGAGUGAAUGUGGACCCGGCCCAGUCAGCCUCAUCAUCAGCCGACAUCCAAACCCCAAAGUGUCUGAACAGGAGAUGGAUGAAGUGAUCGCUCGCUCCACUCACAGAGACAGUCAUUCUUCCCACACACUCGGCCUGCCGUCCAAGAGUCCAUCUCCCACUGUUAAAGCCAAGCAGGGUGAGGGUAAUCCUGCUCUCAGCUGGACCAUGAAGAGAUUCCUAGAGCCAGCCAGCAGGCAAGGCUCGUUGAGUUCAGAGGCAGAGCUCUCUCAGUAUUUCUCAGUUCAGGAAGCACCCAGCCAGUCUUCCCUCUCUGAGACCAUAGCGAUGGGAUCCAGUGAUCACAGUAGCAGGAGCUGUAAUACGUCUAUGGAGGAAUCAGCAGCACCUCAGCCUCAUGUCUAUCGGGACUGCUCCUAUAGAGGUUCAGACAGUAGUCCCACAAGCCCAGAAUGUUGUAAAGCCUCUGGAGGGGCUGGUCGCACUGCUGACAUGCCCCAGCAGGCCAGCGUGGGAAGCAGCCCGAGUUCUGUACGUAGCCUACUUCUUCGUCAGCGUCGGGUCAUCUGCUAUGAGGAUGAGCCUAGUGAUGACGAGACUGACAUUGGCCCCUUCCGUCGCCUUCUCCGCGGGGUCUCGGAUGGCGACCACCACCAGCACCAAGAGGAAGACUCUGGUAUUGUAAUAGCCACGUCAUCUCUCGAGGUUGAUGAUGAAAGCCAGGAUAGCAGUGAGAGCCACAGGCAGACUGGAAGUGAGCAGGCCACUCCGCUCUACGGAAGCUCGCUCGAAUCUGAGGAAGGACCUAAUGGCCCGGCUGGUGUCGAAUCUCCCUUCACGCUCAUUCGCUGUAUGGAGGAAGCUGGAGGACCAAACCUUGGUGACAAAAAAGAGCCCCAUCACGAAGGGCAGGAGGUCAAACGCUCACCCAAGCUGGAGCACAAAGCCGUGACUCGUGUCAAGAGCAUGAUGAGCAUCGAGUGCCCCAACCCUCCACAAAGAGCCAAGGGCGAAGAACCGACUUUACUCCCAGCAACCACUGCCCAGGUUACACAGAACAGCACGCGGCCGCCCUGCAGGAUGCUGCACUGCAAGAAGGGGGAAUCCAGUGAAUUGACAGGGGUCUGCACCAUUGAGAAGAUAGUGCUCCAGCGUAGUGAGUCAGAGUCUUUUGGUUUGGAUCUGGAGAUUAAGUCCACUCCACUCAAGGUGCUGAUCACAGGGCUGAGGCCAGGAGGUGUGGCGGAAAGGGAAGCCUCAGGGAAGAUGAGCGUGGGUGAUGAGAUUGUAACAAUUGGUGACACCCCUGUGUGUACAUCCACCUAUCAGGAGAUCUGUGACCUCAUGCACAACCUGCCAAUCACGUUGACCUUAGAGAUUCAGAAGCCAGUCUCAGCUGUAGAUCGACUUUCUAGCCUGAUUAUGUCCUCUGGCUGUGAGGGCUCAUCUAAAUUGGAGGCACCUAGACCUCCUCCAGAGGAAAGGAUUCAUGUGGAUAAAACUCUAGUUACAGCCCAAGAAAGCCUUUCAUCAGAGACAAAUGUAAAACAAGCAUUAGCAGUCCACAGCAACAGCACUAAAAUUGAUGAUGUCAUAACUGAACAGAACUCGGAAGAAAUCAAAGAAAAAGACAAAAGUGUCUCGGGUUCUGCAGAUGCAAGUGCAAAAACAGAAGAGUGUAGUGAAGUAGACAACAGUGGGACUGCAGCUCAAUCACAACCUAACCCUCAGGAUUUCUCUGCCCUAGAUGUGGGGAACAGCGACUGCCAUUUUCCUAUAGGAAAUAGUUAUUCAAGGAACUUAAGUAAUCUGGGAGAGGACAUUGUCCCUCUAGAUAAAGGAGAUGGUGAGAGCCCAAGCAUGUACAGUCUGGUGGAAGAUAGUGACUCUGCAGACAGUGCUGUUAAAGUAGGGUCAUCUCAAGGUCGCUGUGACGGUCCUCAGGACACUGAAUCAGAUGAAAAGCAGGUUGUGCUCUGUUUCAGGUCGGUCAGUCAGCCUGAAGUCAGCAAAUCAGAGGACAGCUGUCUGACAGAUAGAAAAAUAAUUGAAAAUAGCCAAAUUGUUGACAAAACACUUGCUAGUUUGGAUCUCCACAACCCACCUUCACGCAAAAUGCAAGACAAGGACUGUCAAGAGAAUAGUCAUUCUGUCUCUGAGUUACCAGACCCACUUUGCCCUCAAGUUUCAGGUGAUGAUCUCUUAAAUGAGGAUAAUGUGCAUGCUCCCACACAACAUGAGGCAAUUUAUGCAUCUCAUAGAACACAAUCAAACUGCGAGACUGAUGAAAAAUGUGAAACUAUUUCAAAAUCUGUUGAAAUCUGCCAGACACUAACAGAUGUCACUUAUCCCAAUGUUACUCAGAGCAACUGUCAUGUCACCCCAAGAAGUCAAGAAAGCACAACAAAGUUGCUCUCAGAUGCAUCUCUGUCAGUAGAGAAACUCAGCACUGGACAAGUGCCACUGGGAUUGACUGUGCCAGAACCCAAGGCAUUCAAUUAUACCAAUGGUGAAACUAGUGGGCAGGCCUCCUCUACAGUUGCUCCAGAAGACAAGGAGAGAGAGAAAGUUCUUCCUAUACUUGACUUGAAAUCAUCACUCUCCCAAACCCAGAGUAAAUCCAACUCUUAUUGUAUCAAAUCUUUGGGAACUAAAUCCCCUAAUGACACCCCUGUCUCACCCCUGCUGAGAAGUAGACUCAAAGUUGAUGAUAAAAAGUCAAAUACAUCUUCUAAACUCAAGGGUCUAAGUAUUAAGAGUAAAUCCAAAGACCAAGAAAAGUAUGUGUCUAGAUCUGCCAGGGUGGAAAGUCCAGGAGAGAAAAAAGCUCCCAGCUCCCCAAGUCAGUCUCCUAAACUUCUCUCCAAGAGAACCACACCAACCGGUAGUCCUAAAUCCACAAGAACGUCUGAGAGGAUCAGGGUUACUUGUAAAACUGACCAAAGUCAACCAACCGUGUCCAGUGUCUUGAAGUCAAAUUCCAUCAACACCGCCAAAGAAGAGCUCGAGCCUUCCAAGAAGGAGCAAGCCGCUGAUUUAUUGGAGCAAGUCUCAAAAUCAGAGGUCACUGUCGUCAGCACUCAAAGAACUUUCAUUGAGGUACGACUUUCAUCCUCUUCGUCUACACCUGUGCUUACACGCAAGGAAGUUGUGAAUGCAAGUCAUUUAAACUUGGCCUCAGUGUCGGUUGAUCAAGUCGAGUGUAAGGACUCCAAUUCAGACUCCUCUUAUAGAAGACACACAAUCUCAUUAGAAUUAACCAAUUCUUCAUCUAGUUGUUCUCAGCAUGAUGGUACUAGUAAAACAAUUGAAACUGCUGAAAAGGUGUAUUGUAAUGGCCAGGAAGAAAAUCUCCUCAGGAACUCGAAUAAUAAAGAUGGUGCUUCUCGUCUCAAAACAAGCAAAUCCAAAUUUUACCUAAGGGGACUAGACCGCAGGAGCUGCUCUACAGACAUUAGCUGGUCUCUUGACCCAAACCCCUUCUCAGUUCGUCAAAGAAUCCAGUCCUUUGAGAAUCUAGCCAGCUUUGAUCGAUCUGUUGUAAAGUGUAUAGACAUACCGUUUUAUGCUAAUAACUCAAAGCCACCUCUGAACCGGAGGUUAUCUGGGUAUGCUGGAUCCGUUAGCAGUCAGUCCGGUGACAGUCGUUCUUUGAGGAGGAGUUUCAGCUCAUGUGUAGACCAUUUGAGUUCAACCCCAACUCCACCAUAUCCACAGAAUUCCACUUCCACUUCAGUUGUCACCAUCUCUGAAUCAACUCCUCCAAACCGAACCACAGAAGCUGUUAUGAAGGAGAAGGUGAGAAACGAGGCGUCUCAGAACCGACCCACUGUACACACACCACCAGUACUGCGCUCCCGCAAUGCCCGCACACAUGGAGGCCUGUCGCACUCCAAACUGAGAGAGAUACGGGCACUGAGCAUGCCUGACCUGGACAAGCUGUGUACUGAGGAUUUCACCAGUGACCCUGGAAAUGUGAUGUUUAAGACGGAGUUGGAAAUCCACCCUCACAGAUCCAUAGACCCAACAUCACUCAACCUGCAGUGCACUGUGAUGACCAGGGUGAGCAGUGUUGACACUGGGGUUCUUGGUUCAACCAGCAGUGGGGACCAACAUGAAGGCCAGAUCACAGGGCUCUCAUGCUGGACUAUAAGUUUGAAAGACCUUGAAUCUUCUCCUUUGGACCAAAAUAAAGUGCAAGAUGUUCUGCGUUCACUCACGACCAAAGUGGAUGUGACAAGUCUCAUACAGGAAAUAAACACUCUUUCAGAGGUUAAAGAUGGCAUUUACUUUGUGAUCUUAACCAAAGAGCAAGGAUCUGGACUGGGCUUCAGCAUCGCCGGAGGAGUAGAUCUGGAGCAGAAAUUUAUGACUGUCCAUCGGGUGUUCACUCGAGGGGUGGCAGGCGUGGAAGGGACCAUUCAUAGAGGAGACAGAAUUUUGUCAAUAAACGGGACCAGCAUGAGUGGGAUCACACACGGAGAGGCGCUGUCCUGCCUUCAUCAGACCAGACUGCCAAAACAGGCAUUAGUGGUCAUCCAGAAGGGCAGGAACACUGAGCCAACAUCACCUAAACAAGAACUUCCCCUUCAUACUGGAAUCUGUCCCACUCCAGGUCACAGAGACAGCAGCAGAGAACAUAAAACAAUAGGUGUGGAAUUGAGACCAGACGGGGCUUUGAGUGUGGAGUUACAGAAGACUACGGCUGGUUUGGGGUUCAGUCUAGAUGGAGGCAAAGCAUCUGCUUGUGGAGAUCGACCUCUCUACAUCAAACGCAUUUUCCGUGGAGGAGCUGCUGAACAGUCCCGGGUCAUUGAUGUCAGAGAUGAACUUCUAGCCAUCAACAGCUGGGCUUUUCAACGCCUGGAACAUCAUUAAAACUGUCUCUGAGGGCCCCGUCCAGUAAGUCAUCAGAAAACCCAGGACUUCAGUAUGACCCGGUCUGAUCUGUGGUGGACUCUUGUUGUACAUAGACUUUGUAUUUCUUUUCGUAAGUUUGUUAUCGGAUCUCUAUGAUGAAGAACCUGAUGCACAUUCAUUUUUAUACAAACCGAGGCUUCUGCAGAUUUGUGGUAGACUCACAUAUGCGGGUUUAAUAUGCACAAACUUUGUGCUUGAUGACUUUUUGAAGAAUUCUCAAUGAUAUGUUAACAACUGCAUCCCUUGUGUAAUAUAAUUUAAUUCCAAUAUUGUGAAAAUUGGUUUAUAAAUAUAGCUAUGCUUAUACGGUGAUAAUGCAGACCACUAAAGAGUGUGUUCCCAUUGCCUAAUCUAAUGGAUUACAGUAGAUCAAUGUACAUAUCAAAUUCUGUGUGUAUCAUAAAAUGAGUGUUUGUUUUUGACUGGUUUAUGACUAAUAUGGAUUUGUGGAAUUAUUCUUUUUUCUCUCUCUGUUCUCUGUUUUACUGGUAUUUUUAUUGUUCCUUUUGAUGAUUGCAAUUUUUGGGGGGAUUUGGCAUUUAAUUAUUUCAUCUUAAAGCUAAAGUGUGUACCACUAGCAAACACUCCUAUCACCCCAUCUUUCAGGCCUUUUUACAUAAAACAGGAAGCUGUACCCCAGACCCAUGCUAUUGGUUAAAGCACAAGAUGACAUGACAAAAAAAAAAAACAUCUGUGAGAAGCCACCAUUUUUACACUUGCUUCACCUUUAAAUACUUGAAUUCAAUCAGGUUAUUAACAUUUGAAAUACAAUCACAGAAUGAAAAAGCAUUGUCACCUUAGCACAGUUUAAUUGGAAUGCAGUAUAGACUUUUACAGUUAUGAUUAUGUUUGAUCCUUUUCUUUCAGCUGUGAAUAUUGUCACGUUUACCUUCUGAGACUUUCAAUAGAGUUGUCUCCCGGAUAAAAUGUAUCAGUGUUGUUGUUGUUAUAUUUUACUAGAAUUUUCUUUGUUUAAAAUAUUGAGGCUCCCACUUAUUUUAUUGUAAUUUAAUUUUGCUGCGUAUUAAGCACAAGUGUAUGAACUAUAGUGUAUAUGGAGAAAAAAAAACAAUUAUGGAUAUAUAUAUAUUUUUGUCUAUCUAACUUUCUGUUCUGCCCUUGCGAAUAAAGACAUCAGAUGUUUUUUAAA